GGGCGCACCACGUCGGUAUGCUAAUGAAAAGCAAAAAGUGGAGCGCGAGUUGAAGUCCAUAUCGCAGACUCUGAGUGUUGAUCUACUCCAACACAUACAUCGUGUCUUCAGAAAUGCAUGGUUUUGGACAUGCAUUGUCACAGGCGCAUCAAGCGAGCCGCAUUGAAUAUGACAGGCAACUCCACCUUCCUUCCGCGAUUGAAGAGGUAGAGGCUCUCCAAGUGAAACUCGAUGCCACAGUGGAUGAGGAUGAACGACGAGCGCUGGAGGAGGACAUCACAGGCAAGAUCUUGUGGCUUGUUGGUGCGGGAUAUGUGCAGAAGUGGGACCAACAGUUACAAAGAUUGUUGAUACAUACGGAGAGAAGGAAACGUGGAGGUCGGUUCUCAUCACAUCCCCGAACGUCUAUCGUAACCGCCGCCAGCAGGGUUUUAGUCGAAAUUGUCCUGGCUAUGGAUUUAAUAAAUCCAGGUGAUGAUGAAGCUCACUUGCGGCGGAUCAUGCUUGAUGCAGGAGCAGGCACGUCGAAACAAGUUAUGGCUUGCCGCUCGGGCAGCAGAGCAAGCCAAGUGGUCUAGGGUACCCCCGCUGUGGACGACCCGGGUUCUGUUCCGAGUACAAGCAAUCAACCCCCCUCCGCAUCAGUGGUUUAGCAAACUUGGAUGUCGUGUAACCGUCACCCCGAAGGGGUGGGGGUGACGAUGGUAAAUAUGUCAGUUUAGUUUUCGAUCGGACAAAUUCAACUCGUU